CAGAUCUCUUUAAGAGGUAUUUCCUUCAUAAUAAUAACCACAACACUUGUUGAAGCCAAGGAAAAGGCAAGCUUCAUCAUUGUCUGGACCAUAACAUCAACCGGUCCUUUUUUUUUCAUCCAACGGUCCACAAUACUCCCUUUUCCGGUCAACCACCGGCUUCUUCACCUGAAAACUUCCAAAAGAGAGAGAGAAGGUUUCGGAUUUCAACCGGAGGGAAUUGAGUUUCUAACGUUCGUUUAAAUAUUGCUUUAAACGGUUCAAAAACUUGAAAGUGAAUUUGCAGAAGAGGCUUUAAAGAAAAACAGAGAGAGAUAGAGAGAUAAUCCUCUGUUUUCAGCUAGAAAAAAAAAAGAUGGAGAAUUUGUCGAAUACAGAUGAAAACGAAGAUCAUCAAUCAGCAUUAGAAACUCCGGUUUACUCGACCAUAAGCAUAGACUCUUUUGUUUAUCCUCGAACAUGUUCAGAGAGUACUUCAGGCUUUUCAGACCAAAUAGAUGAAACAAACAGCUUCUGUAGUGACGCUUCUCCUUCUGAUUGGCCUGUCCUCACUGAAUCCAAGAGCUCCAAAUGUCUCACUACUGGUUUAGUAGAGAUGCAAUCAAAUGAAAAUCUUGGAGUGCAAGAAUUCUCUGAAGCAGAACUUGAGACAAUGAAGGAAAGAUUCUCAAAGCUUCUGCUUGGAGAAGAUAUGUCAGGAAGUGGUAAAGGAGUUUGCACUGCAGUCACCAUCUCUAACGCUAUUACCAAUCUUUAUGCUACAGUGUUUGGACAGAAUCUGAGGUUAGAGCCGUUAGAAACAGAGAAGAGAGGAUUGUGGAAGAGAGAAAUGAAUUGUCUUUUGUCGGUAUGCGACUACAUUGUGGAGUUUAUCCCUAGAUGUCAGAGCCUAAGCAAUGGAACUACUGUUGAAGUGAUGGAGAGUAGACCAAGAGCAGAUAUCUAUAUCAACUUACCUGCUUUGAGAAAGCUAGAUUCUAUGCUUAUGGAAGCAUUGGAUAGUUUCCAGAACACAGAGUUUUGGUACGCAGAAGAAGGAAGUCUAUCCAUGAAAUCUGCACGUUCUGCCACUGGAUCCUUCAGGAAAGUCAUAGUACAGAGGAAAGAAGAGAAAUGGUGGUUGCCAGUUCCUCUUGUUCCACCGGAAGGUUUGUCAGAUAUUGCCAGAAAACAACUCAAAAACAAGAGGGAGAGUACUAAUCAGAUACACAAAGCUGCAAUGGCUAUCAACAGUAGCAUCCUCAGUGAAAUGGAGAUUCCUGACUCUUACAUGGCUACUCUUCCAAAGUGUGGUAAAAGCAGUGUUGGUGAUUCAAUCUACCGCUACAUGAGUGGUUCGGGUCGGUUUUUCCCAGAUAAACUCUUAGAUUGUCUGAAGAUAGCAUCUGAACAUGAGGCUGUUCAGUUAGCAGAUAGAGUAGAAGCUUCAAUGUACACAUGGAGACGCAAGGCUUGUCUAAGUAACUCUAAGAACUCAUGGAACAUGGUGAAAGAUCUUAUGUCAACUACAGAGAGAACAGACAAGAACUAUGUAAUGGCUGAGAGAGCAGAGACUCUGCUCUUCUGUUUGAAACAGCGUUACCCAGAGUUGUCUCAGACAUCAUUAGAUAUAUGCAAGAUUCAGUACAACAAGGAUGUUGGGAAAGCAGUGUUGGAGAGCUACUCAAGAGUACUUGAAGGUUUAGCUUUUAACAUAGUUGCUUGGAUUGAUGAUGUUCUCUAUGUAGACAAAACCAUGAGCGGUAGUGAAUAACUUGUUUCUUCUUGUAAAUUUUAAUCAGAUCAAUAUCAAUCAAUGUAAAAGUAAAAACAAUGUUUCUUUUCUUCUCAAAUUCCGGAUAUUAUAAUCAGCCAAUCAAA